AUGAAGGAAACAGUCCUGUAUUGGAUAUGUGUUAGGAUGGCCAACCGGCUUGUAUUUGAGCGGGAAAAAGUCUUUAUUGUUUCUUCGUCUUUCGUUUUUUUUCUUGGGGUUUUCGUGUUUAUUUUACUUUACUUUGUUUCCCCAGUUCUUGUUCAUGGGCUAUUCGUUGUUUAUUUUUUUUUGUUUUGUUUUUCUCGUUCUGUUGUCAAUGUACACUUUCUUUUUUCUCUUACACUCUUUUCGCAGUCUCCGCGAUUCUUCAAGGACUUGAACAGUUUACGUUCGUUCCUUCACGUCAACUUCCAUCCAUCUCAUGAUUCGAGUAUACCCCCACUUCGUUGUUCGUCGUUUGAUGUCGGACUACUUAUUUCGUCGUAA